GAGGGAGAGAGAAUCAAUGGCGGACGCAGUUCUCUCCGUUCUCGUUCAGAUUAUCUUUGAAAGGGUUUCUUCAUCCAUCUCACAACACGUUGGAUUGAUGAAGAGCGUAAAAAAAGAGCUGAUGAAGGUCUCAGCCACACUCUCGAUCAUUCAAGCAGUACUGAAAGAUGCAGAAGAGAGGCAAACCAAAGAAGAACCUGUGAGGAUUUGGCUGAAAAAUCUCAAAGACGUAGCCUACGAUGCUGACGACCUUCUUGACGAGCUUUCAUUUGAAGCCGAACGAUCCAAUGCGGAAGGCGAUGCUCCGGUUUGCAAAUUCCUGUCUUGUUUUCCCUCUAACGAUGUCGUUUUCCGAUACAAGAUGGGGCAUAGGAUCAAGGAGAUUAGAGAGAGAUUGGAUGAGAUUUCUAGAGAUUGUGACCUGUUUCAGUUGAGAGCUAGGGACGGAGAUGGGUUUGUUGGGAUUCGGGAUGGGCAGCGGAUUACUAGCUCUUUGAUCGAUGGGACAGAAGUUUUUGGUAGAGAAGACGAUAAGCGGAAGAUGAUAGAUUCGUGGGUGUUCGAUGAAUGUAACAGUGGGGAUGACAUUUCUGUUGCUUGUAUUGUAGGUAUGGCAGGGAUAGGGAAAACCACGCUAGCAAAACUUGUGUACAAUGAUGAGAGGGUGAAGGCGCAUUUCGAGCUGAGGAUGUGGGUCUGCGUGUCCGAGGAUUUCGAUGUGAGGAGGGUGACAAGGGCGAUUGUAGAAUCAGCUGCUGAGAAGAGUCCGGAGGCUGCAGAGCUCGAUCCACUCCAGGUUGCUCUUGAGAAGAUGUUGUAUGGGAGGAGAUUCUUACUCGUGUUGGAUGACGUGUGGAACGAAAGCAGUGCUGAUUGGGACAUGCUACAGGCCCCUUUUCGUGCUGGGGCCAGGGGAAGUAAAAUCAUUGUAACUACUCAAAGCGAGAGAGUAUCGUUGAUCAUGGGCACAGUCCCCUCUUACUGUUUGGACAGUUUGUCUGAUGAUGAUUGUUGGUCGUUGUUUAGGCAACGUGUGCUUGCAGAGGGGAGUUUGGAUGUGAAUGAAAACCUAGUAGCAAUUGGUAAGGAAAUAGUGAAGAAGUGCGGAGGUUUGCCUUUGGCAGUGAAGACACUCGGAGGCAUCUUGCGUUGUAAAGUCAAUGAAAAUGAGUGGAAUAUUGUGUUGAAUAGUGAAAUAUGGGAUUUACCCACGAGCAGUAAUGACAUCUUGCCAGCUCUAAGGCUUAGUUAUCAGCAUCUCCCUGCCCAUGUGAAACCAUGCUUUGCAUAUUGCUCUAUUUUUCCGAAAGAUUAUGAAUUCGAGAAGGAUAAACUGGUCCAGUUAUGGAUGGCAGAAGGAUUUCUUUUGACUCAAGGGAGGAAACAAAUGGAAGAUAUAGGCGGCGAGUAUUUCGAUGAUUUGUUGUUGAGGUCCUUCUUUCAGUACUCUCAUAACAAUUGGGAAGACCGGUCAGUAUACAAGAUGCACGACCUCAUUCAUGAUCUAGCACAGUCUAUUUCUGGUGAUGAGUGUUUUAGAAUGGAGGAUCAUGGACCGUUUAAUGUCUCUGAAAGGGCCCGCCAUUCAUCAUUGCACUAUUCGUCAUUGCUUUGUGAUGGUAAGAAGCCUUCGAACUCUAAGGUCUUUUAUAAAUCUAAAGGCCUACGCACAUUCUUGCUUCUUGGUGUGCAGGGGUAUCUCCCUUGCACUUCUAACCUGCGAGUUACAAUCCCUCAUGAUAUGUUCACAAAGUUAAGAUGCUUGCGGGUGUUGGAUUUGAGCAAUGGUUACAUUAUAGAGUUGCCAAAUUCAAUUGGUAGUUUGAAACAUCUGCGCUACCUUGAUCUCUCUCGGGGUUGUUUCAAAAGGCUGCCUGAGUCAAUUGGGCACCUUUACAAUCUACAGACGUUGAAACUCGAGAAUUGCUCCGAGCUCUGUGAGUUACCCAAAGGCAUUGGGAAACUCAUGAAGCUACGUCAUCUUUGUAUGCAUACAAGAAUGAUAAACUCUAGCCCUCAAUUGGUAUCCAUGCCACCGGGAAUUGGGAAACUAGUCGAUCUUCAAACAUUGUCCUUAUUUGUUGUGGGCAAGGAGAGUGGAAGUGGGAUAGGAGAGUUACAGAACAUGAUGAAUCUUAAAGGUUCCAUUUGCAUUUCAAAACUCGAGAAUGCAAGUGCAGCCAAGGAAGCUGAUUUGAAGGGUAAGCAGCACCUUCACGAGUUGGAGUUGCAAUGGAGUCCGAACAACCCUGUUGAUGUGCAACUCGAGAAAGCUGAGGAGGUACUUGAAGGCCUCCAACCACACAUCAGCCUCAAAACGCUCGGCAUAUUUCAGUACAAUGGGACUAAAUUUCCAAGUUGGGUGGGGGAUCCUUUGUUUUCCAAUCUUGAAACGAUUUACAUCUUCAAUUCUUCUCAAUGUCAAUGCCUCCCAUCUCUCGGUCGGCUACCUAUUCUUAAGGAUCUUUACAUACGUGGAAUGCAUGCGGUUGAAAAGGUGGGUGUGGAGUUCCGGGGUGAUGGCAAUGCGGGCAUGUUUCCUUUACUAGAAACGCUAGAGCUCAAGGACAUGCCUGCUUUGGAUGAGUGGACUGAUGUGGAGGAAUGUGACUUCCCUUGUCUCCAAGAACUUGAGGUUAUAGAUUGCCCCAAGUUGAAAGGAUUACCUUAUCUCCCUCCUACCCUAAGAAAUUUGUCAAUAUCGAAUUGUCUGGGAUUAACUGCUCUUCCCAGGCUUCCAUCUCUUGCUGAUUUGGAAUUGGAUGGAUGUGAUGAAGCAAUAUUGAGAGAAUUACCUUUCUUUACCUCUCUUUCUUCCUUGAGUAUUUCCGGGUUUCAAAAUAUAAAAUCCCUGCCCGAUGGGUUAUUACAGUCCCUAAAUACUCUCAAGAAGUUGUACAUUGCCGAUUUCCACGAGCUCAUGACAUUCCAAGAGGCUGGUUUGAAAAGCCUCACUUCUCUUGAAAGGUUGGUAAUUUCUCAUUGUCCCCAACUCACGAGCUUGCCAGAUGAAGGGCUGCCAACCGCACUUAAAUCUAUUCACCUCAAUCAACUUGAUAAUCUCAAGACCUUGCCCAAGAAGCUGCAAAACCUCGUUUCCCUCCAAAAAAUUGAAAUAUGGCGUUGUACACAACUCCAGUCUUUGCCAGAGGAGGGUCUGCCGAUGGCACUUCGAAAUUUUCAUGUUCUCGACUGUCCCUUACUAAAGGAACGGUGUCAAAGGGAGGCAGGUGAGGAUUGGACGAAGAUAGAACACAUCCCUUACAUAGAAAUUGAUGGGCUAUGGAUUUCUCCGAGUUGAAGAACAUGUUUUUGGCAUUUUCCAAGAAGUGGAGGCUUAUUUCAUAUGAGGGAAUCUUCAGUUCAAGGCUUGAUAAACUUUCUUCAAAGUUACGAAAAUGCAUCGCAUCAAAGAAUUGAUGAAGGGAAAAACUGUUUUUUAUUGUCC